AUGACAUAUUGUUUAUUUUCUUCAAAAAUCGACAAAAUCAUAUAUGACAUAUCUACUAAACCUGGAUCUGGUGGUGUAGGCACCCCAUUUACCAAGCAAUCUUAAGUUUAAAAUUAAACAUCAGUUAAAGUUUAAGAAACAUACGAUAUGGCACACUUAGGUUUUGGAUUACUUAUAAGUGUGGAAUAUUGGGUCGGAAAAACUAUAGAAAAAGCUGAGUUUAUGGGAAAAGAAAGACUUGUAGUAAAAAUUAUUGUGUGGUCAGAUUUUCCUCGUGUAUCUUAUUUUUGA